AAUACAAAUUUUAAUCUAGUUUUAUAAUUAGUUUUAAUCACUUUUAGGGGUUCUAUAGUAUUACCUAUUGCCGUCACAAAGUGCCGAUCGUUAACGACUUUAACAAAGCGAGUUCAACAAGUUUUUGUUAUAGUAUAAUGGAAUUUAUAGAGCUUAUAUUAAUAAAUAAACUGGAUGGUGUUAUUUUAAAAUAUCCUCACCAGGAUAACGUUGACGGAACGGUGUGUAUUACUGGACAUCACCUCAUUUUGAGUUCACGAAAACAAGACGUUCGCGAACUAUGGCUUCUUCAUAGAAACAUAGAUAGCAUUGAGAAGAAAGAAAACAAGCCAGUCAAUGGCGUCAUGCAGGGUGGUUCCUUGUUCUUGAAGUGCAAAGACCUGCGGAUAUUCCAGCUCGACAUCAGCUCCAGCGCAGAGUUGAACAUGCUGGCUCAAACCCUGGAAAACCUCUCUGGACUACAAGAUCCCAGCCUCUUCUAUCCAUUUUUUUAUAGACAUAUGCACCCAAUUAUGGAAAAUGGGCAUACAUUAUAUAGUAUAGAGGGUGAAUUCACAAAAGUGUUGGCAACAGAGGAGUGGAGGAUAUCUCGAGUGAACCAAAACUACACUGUGUGCCCGGCGUACCCGAAGGCAGUGGUGGUCCCCAAAAGUGUAGAUGACGACAUGUUAGCUCUGGCUGCAACAUUCAGACAAGGUGGCCGAUUCCCUGUGCUCUCCUAUAGGCACAACAAUGGGGCAGUGUUGGUGCGGGCAGGGCAGCCGCUGUACGGGCCGAAGCACCGGCGCUGCCGGCCCGACGAGGCCAUCCUCAACGCGGUCGUGGGCCCGGGCAUGAAGGGCAUCAUCUACGAUCUGAGGAGCAACAAUGCCAUUUCACAGCAGCAGAGUAAAGGCGGCGGCACUGAGAGCAACUCCAACUACUCCCAGUGGAAGAUCUACAACAGGUCGAUGGACGACGUCGACAACCAGCAACAGCUCCUGGAUAGUUACGCCAAACUUAUUGAAGCGUGUAACGACCGCGAGAUAUCGAGCGACAAGUGGAUAUCGCGGCUGGAGUCGUGCGGCUGGCCGGAGAGCGUCCGCAACGCGCUGCACACCGCCUGCAUCGUCGCGCAGCACAUACACCAGAAGGCAGAGCCGGUGCUGGUGCACGGCACGCGCGGCGAGGACGCCACGCUGCUCGUCUGCUCACUAGUGCAGAUUAUACUUAAUCCCGACUGCAGGACUAUACGCGGUUUGCAGGCGCUGGUGGAGCGCGAGUGGCUGGCGGCGGGGCACCCGUUCGGCGCGCGCCACCGCUGCGGGCCCUACUCGGCCGCGCCCCGCGCCGCGCCCACCUUCCUGCUGCUGCUCGACUGCGUGCGCCAGUUCCUCGAGCAGUACCCCUGCAGCUUCGAGUACCGCCAGUCCUUCCUCAUCACGCUGUUCGAGCACUCGUACGCGAGUCAGUUCGGGACCUUCCUAUGCGACAGUGAGCAGGAGCGCGAUUACCGCGGCGUGAGCGAGCAGACGACCAGCGUGUGGUCGUGGGUCAACCAGCCGGACGAGCUCUGCGCCUACAUCAACCCGCUCUACGACCCCACGCCUUCCGUCAUCUGGCCCUCCGUGGCGCCCAUGAGCUUCGUCAUAUGGGAGGAACUGUACCUGCGCUGGUCGAUCCCGCAGUCGACGGAGCAGCGCGAGGAGCAGUACGGCGCGCUCCGCGCGCGCGAGCAGGCGCUGCGGGCGCGCGCGCUCGCGCUCCGCCGCGAGCUGCUCGACCUCGCCGCGCACUACUACGCGCCGCAGGACAAGCAUGAACUCCUGCUACACAACUAGCUAAAGCUACUAUUAUUAUUGAUGAGUUGAGGUAACCUCCAUGUCACGCGUCGCAGGAUAGGCGUGAACUGUGUACAAGCCUCGACAGAGAGCGAACCUUUGCCUUCGUGGGCCCAAACAUUCAAUUAUUACUGUGCCCAUACAUAGAUGUAACUUUUAUAUUAGUCGCUGCAGGAUUAAUUAGGGAGGAACAGCUUUAAAGAAAUCGUAAGCCUUCACGGUUGUAGCUCUUAAUGCUGACGAUUCGAGCUUUUAAA